AUAACCUGUUUUCAAAUAAUAUUUAUUUUGGUUUUCGCCUUAUUAAUUUAGCUAAUUGAUAUAUUUUUUAACUCAUGUAUCGAGAGGUUGUGUUAUUAAACAACUUGUGUGUCAAUGAGUAGAAGCAGUGUUUCAGUUAAAUAACUUGUUUACCAAAUGCAAUAUGCAAGAAGUAGCAGUCUUCGUUUGUAGUUUUUGCAAAGAUACGUUCGAUUGCAAAAAUGAUAUCGCAUGCCAUAUACUAAACACUCACAAUAGUAAUAAAACUGUAAAAAGGUUACGAGAGCAGCUAACAAAACUAAACACCAAGUCGUCCAAGCUAAAAUCUAGUAAACCAUGUCAAAAACAAGAGAAACCUGGCUCUAUUCAACAAACUAAGGCGAAGAACCUUGAAAAAGAAUUUUACUGUGAUAUUUGCUACUAUAAAACUGUUCAUCGGUCUACAUACAAGAGGCAUUUGCUAAAACAUGAAAAAGAUGGAAGACAACACAAAUGCACAUAUUGUUCGUACUCAGCAGUACAGCCACAUAAUCUAAAAGUUCAUCUGAAAACUGUACAUCCAUUUGGUGCUGUGGAGCCUGUUAUUAUUGAUCAAAGUGAAGUUGAUACUUCAUGGAUAUACUCAUAAAGACAACAUCUUUUAA